AUGAACCCAAUACAACUCCUUCCUGCGGUACGGCCUAUCAUUUCAACUUCUUUAUCCAAGAACGGAAAGCAGAGCAAAUGCAAAUUCACUCGAGAAGAUGAUCUGAAGCUUAUAUCGUUAGUAAUGAGCCGCCCUGAAAGAGAUUGGGUCUGGAUUUCUCAACAGAUGGCUAACAGAAACCCUCGCCAAUGUAGAGAAAGGUGGUAUAAUUAUCUGGAUCCUUCAUUACAAAAAGGUGGAUGGACCCCAGAGGAAGACCAAUUGCUUAUAGAGAAAAAGAAAGAAAUGGGCCCACAUUGGAACGCUAUUGCAAGAUUUUUCGCAGGUAGAUCAGGUAACUCGGUUCGAAAUCGGUGGCUAUUGAUUAUGCGACACGAAGAAAAGAAUAAUACUGAUGCGCCAGAACCAGUCGAAGUUAAAAUCCCGCCGAUUAUACCUGCUGGGAUCGAAAUUGAAGCUGAGACGCCGCAUCCUCAGGCAAAUAUAACAUUAGAUGAAAAGCUCGACUCUAUUCUCGUCCCUCGAGAAGAUGUCAAUAUGUUCAGUACAUCUGUCGAUGACUUUGAUUUCUUAUUGAAUUUUGAACUUCAUUAG